ACGUGUAAAUGGGUACAAAAAUCGACCAAAACCCAACAUAAAUCCUCCUGAUGACAAUUCUGAACAAAGUGUUGAUGAGCUUUCCGAAUCUUUUAAAUAUACCACCGAAGAAGACAAUAUUUCAGAUCUAGAAUCAACAAUUGAUAACCAAAUUUUAUGGAUUUUGCUCUGGAUUAUGAUAUUUUGGACAAGAUUCAACAUAACAGAGACAGCAAUUGAGGCUUUGAUAAAAUUUAUGAAAUUAGUUUUGACAGAAAUCGGUGAAGAUAAUUUUAGAGACUUUCCAGAUUCAAUGUACUUAACAAGAAAAAAACUUGGAUUAAAAGAUCAUUUUCAUAGCUUCGUUUCUU